AUUAUAUGUAAUAAUGACAUGUUAUUAUUGAUUAAAGUCUAUCCUAAUGUAACAUUUUAUUUAUACUUAAAAAGAUGUUUUAUAUUGAGCAUGUCUACUGUGAUUUUAUAUAUCAUUGACUACAAUUUAUAGCCAACAGGAUCUCAAUACAGAAAUUAUCAUGACUGACAAUUUGGAUCAUCUGAGCAAAUACUUUAAACAAACUCUGAAACCUAUUGUAAGAACAAAUGUAUUGGAGUGCCGUGUUUGCGAAGAAGUAUUUACCAUUGAUGGAGUAAAAGUACCAAGAUUACUGCAUUGUGGUCACACAGUGUGUCAUUCAUGCCUUUUACGAUUAAGACCUUGUAUGACUGACCAGCAGUUUUUACUGUGUCCCUUCGAUAGACAACCAACGGGCAUUAGUCAAAACAAUAUCUGCAAUUUAAAAAAGAAUUUUGCCCUGAUUGAAUUGCUAGAGAGAUUGGAACAGUCCAAUAGUGAGAAAUUAUCAAUACUCGAAAGAGAGAGACUUCAAUCCAAUCAGACUUGUGAUGAGGACGAAGCUCAUACAGCAGUAUUAUAUUGCACUAUUUGUAUGACCCACUUGUGUGAGAAUUGUGACAGUAUCAUUCAUUCUUCAAAGACUUUAAGCAAACACAAACGUGUACCUUUGUCAGAGAAGCCAAAAGAAAAACCAAAGUGUCCGGUGCAUACAACGCAUGUGGCUGAAUUUACUUGCACUCAAGAAGGCUGCCACAAUUCCCUUAUGUGUUAUUUGUGCAAGGAUUACGGUAGACAUAGCACACAUAAGCUAGCUUUGGUGGAAGUUGAGGCAGAGAAUAUUAGAAAAUCUAUUGUCACUGCUCUGCAGAAAAUGACGCAGUUUAUGGAAAGUAUGAGAGAUACAGCACACAGAAUAGAAACGGUGAUACAAGAGUUAGAAGGAUGGGCAAUAGAAGAUGCAAGGCAACGAGUGCGUCAGCAUUUUGAGGAAUUAAGAACCUUGUUGGCUGAGCAAGAAAACGCAGCUAUCUCCUGCAUCGAAACAGAAACGCGUGGAAGAUUGUGCGCUCUGAGACAGCAACAACAGGAUUUGACUACUACUAGGUCUCAAGUGGCGGAUGUGUGCAUCCAAUGCGAAAGUAUCUUGGAUUCCGAAGAUUGGAAGUUACUGAACAGCGCGACGAAAGUUAAAGAAGUGUUAACUACAUUGGAACAGCAGCAACAACAUUAUGCUCAACUUGGUCCGGAUUUUCUCACACCUGAAUCCUCUAUACCUAUAAUAUUCAGCCGUGACAACAGGGUACAUAUUGGUACGAAGAUCGACAUGCGCGUGGUGAUCUUGGGAUUGGACGGUGCUGGGAAAACGAGCAUUCUAUCAGCCAUGAGAGGCAUUACGCUUUCCGGACCGCCAAUCCCUACGAUUGGCUUCAACGUAGAAAGUCUGGAGUACAAAAAUUUGGUAUUCACUUUGUGGGACGUUGGUGGCCAACAGAAGUUUAGACCACUGUGGAAACAUUACUAUCACAACACACAGGCAGUGAUUUUUGUCGUUGAUGCCAGUGACAGAUCUAGAUUCGAAGAAGCUCAAAAUGAAUUAUCAAAAAUCAUAAAUGAACGCGAAUUAAAAGACGCCUUAUUCCUUAUAUACGCUAAUAAGCAGGACAUCACUGGUUGCGCCAGUGUCGAAGAAUUAACCGAUAUCUUAUGUUUGCAAAAAUUAUGUUGUGGUCGGGCGUGGCACAUACAGGGCUCGUCUUUAGUUACAAAUGCUUGUGGUUCUACGCAAGGUCUCGAUUGGUUAACCCAACAAUUAGGCGCUCACGAAACCUUAUACACAAUACCUACCAUAUCGUAAAAUUCGUAAAUCGCAAUCCUGCUUUUAUAGAAUGAAUGAGAUUGCAAUGAAGAAAUUCAAAUUUCUCUGUA